AUAGUAUAGGUCUAAUGUUAGUUCUAGUGACAGUGGAAAAACAAGGUGUUCCAUCCAUAAAUAUACGUUGUAAUCUCACUCAGUUUACUGAAAUUAACUUUACUUUCAUGACUUUACAUGAUGAUUCUCGAAUUUACCAAAAAAAUUUAAUAAUUAUUUUAAAUUAGGUUGCAACAAUAGAAUUAAUUCAAGAAAUGAGUGACGUUGAUAUUUUACACGAAUCAGAAGAAGGAGCUGAAGCUCUUAUUGAAUCAUUAUUAGAGCACCAAGUUAUCGCUUUAUUAGUACAAAAUUUAGAUCGUUUGGAUGAAAACGUAAAAGAAGAAGCUGAUGGCGUUCAUAACACACUCGCGAUCGUUGAGAAUUUAACCGAAUUACGUACCGAAAUUUGCAACGAAGCUUCCAAACAAGGUUUAUUACAAUGGUUAUUAAAACGUUUAAAACUAAAAGUACCUUUCGAUCCAAACAAAUUAUACGCCAGCGAGUUAUUAUCAAUUUUGCUUCAAGAUAACAAUUCAAAUCGAUUGGCUUUAAGCGAACUCGAUGGAAUUGACACUUUAUUACAACAAUUAGCGUUUUAUAAACGUCACGAUCCCUCGAAUGCGGAAGAAUUUGAGUUAAUGGAAAAUUUAUUUAAUUGUUUGUGUAGCUCAUUAAUGGCGGUUACGAAUCGUGAUAAAUUUUUGAAAGGGGAAGGUUUGCAAUUGAUGAAUUUGAUGUUAAGAGAAAAGAAAACGUCAAGGAAUGGAUCACUAAGGGUGUUAGAUUAUGCAAUGUCUGGACCUCACGGACGUGAUAAUUGCAAUAAAUUCGUUGAUAUUUUAGGAUUAAGAACAAUUUUUCCUCUUUUCAUGAAAACCCCAAAGAAAAAUCGUAAAAAAGUAUUAUCUGCUGAAAAACACGAGGAACAUGUCACCUCGAUUAUUGCGUCAAUGUUAAGAAAUUGCCGAGGUUCUCAAAGACAAAGAUUAAUUAGUAAAUUCACCGAAAAUGAUCACGAAAAAGUCGAUAGAUUGAUGGAAUUACAUUUUAAAUACUUAGAAAAAGUCGAAGCACUUGAUAAUGCAAUUGAUGAAGAUCAAGAUAAUGAGGAUGAUUUUUAUAUGAAGAGACUUGAAGGUGGGUUGUUCACGUUGCAAUUGGUUGAUUAUAUUAUUGUUGAAGUUUGCGCCGCGGGCCCUGCUUCUAUUAAACAGCGGGUUUGUCAAGUUUUAAAUUUACGAGGGGCAUCUUUAAAAACAAUUCGUCAUGUUAUGAGGGAGUAUGCUGGAAAUUUGGGCGAAGAAGGAAGUAAAGAGUGGAGAGAUCAAGAGCAACAACACAUUUUACACCUCGUCGAUAAAUUUUAAAAUUAAUAUGGAGUUUUCUUGUAAUGAUGUAAUGUACAAAGAAUAAGAAUGAUUAAUAAAUGUCAUAAGUAA